AUGUUGUCUCGCACGCUCUCCAACAUUGGCCGAUUUGCCCCUCAGGCACUGUCUGGCUCGAAUAUUGUUCAAUCUCGUAAUUCGUCAUUCACUGCCCCAAGAAGCCCGACGGAGCUUUCACAGAAGCUUAAAGUCACUAUCAUUCCUGGAGACGGUGUUGGACCUGAGCUCAUCUAUACCGUUCAAGAUAUCGUGAAACAGACGGGAAUUCCAAUCGAAUUCGAAGAGAUUUUCCUCUCGGAAGUCCACUACACUCGCUCAUCGUCGAUUGAAAAUGCGGUCGAGUCUAUUGCGAAAAACAACAAUGUAGCUUUGAAAGGUGCUAUAGAGGAGUCGGCCGUUUUGCACACCGAAGGAGAACUCCAGGGAUUGAACAUGCGUUUGAGACGAUCUCUCGACUUGUUCGCAAAUGUUGUACAUAUCAAGACAUUGGAUGGCAUAAAAACUCGUCAUGGCAAGAAUCUUGAUUUUGUAAUUGUUCGCGAGCAAACUGAGGGCGAAUAUUCCAGCUUGGAGCAUCAGCUCAUUCCUGGUGUCAUCGAAUGCUUGAAAAUUUCUACUCGCCCAAAGUGUGAGAGAAUCGCUAAAUUUGCUUUUGACUAUGCCACUAAGACUGGAAGAAAGAAGGUUACCGCGGUCCACAAAGCUAACAUUAUGAAACUUGGUGACGGAUUGUUCUUGAGAACUUGCCAAGAGAUUUCAAAGCAAUACCCAAAAAUUGAAUUCGAAUCGAUGAUUAUUGACAACACUUGCAUGCAACUUGUUUCAAGACCUGAACAAUUUGAUGUCAUGGUUAUGCCAAACCUCUAUGGAAAUAUCAUCGACAACUUGGCUGCCGGACUUGUUGGAGGAGCCGGAGUUGUGCCAGGGCAAUCUGUUGGACGCGAUUACGUCAUCUUCGAACCAGGAAGUCGUCACUCUUUCCAAGAGGCAAUGGGACGAUCCAUUGCGAACCCAACUGCUAUGAUCCUUUGCGCUGCUAAUAUGCUGAACCAUUUGCAUUUGGAAGUUUGGGGAAGCGCACUUCGCACCGCUUUGGAGAAAGUUGUUAAGGAAGGAAAAGUCCGUACUCGAGAUAUGGGAGGGUAUGCUACUACUAUCGAGUUUGCUGAUGCCGUUAUUGAUAAAUUUGAGAUCUAA